AUACUGAAGGAUCCAGUGACUAUUAACUGUGGACACAGUUUUUGUAUGAGCUGUAUUACAGACUGCUGGAAUCAGGAGGAUCAGAAGAGAGUUUAUAGCUGCCCUCAGUGCAGACAGACCUUCAUUCCAAGACCUGCUUUAGGAAAGAAUGUGAUUCUUGCUGAGAUGGUGGAGAAACUGAAGAAAACUAAACUUCAGACUGAUCGAGCUGCUCCCAGUUAUGCUGGACCUGAAGAUGUGGAGUGUGACAUCUGUACUGGGAGAAAACGCAAAGCUAGCAUGUCAUGUCUAAUGUGUCUUGAAUCUUACUGUCAAACUCACUUUGAGCGACAUGAAGGCUUUCACACUGGAAAGAGACACAAAGUCACUGAAGCCACUGGAAGACUUCAGGAGAUGAUCUGCUCUCAACAUGACAGACUGCUGGAGGUUUUCUGUCGUACUGAUCAUAAAUGUAUUUGUUAUCUGUGUACAAUGGAUGAGCACAAAAAUCACGACACUGUAUCAGCUGCAGCAGAGAGAACAGAGAAACAGGACAACCAGAGGAAAUACCAACAGAGAAUUCAGGAGCAAGAGAAGGAGCUUCAGGGUCUAAUGGAUUGUCUUAAGCUCUCUGUACUGUGUAUGUGCUUGUAUGCCUGUGCCCUGUGA